ACAGCGCGCGCGAACACAGUUUGAGUUUUUGUCCCCGGCUAGUUAGAGGUGCUGUUAGCACAAGUAGUUCGCCACUUGCUUUGAGCAAUUUCGCUGUAAAAAUCUGUGCCAUUUUCACCGUCACAGUACGUUUGUGAAGAAGUACGUGUGCCUUAUAGUUUUACUUUACUUGUAAAAGACUCUUCGCACAAUCAUGUUUGAGGCAAGGCUAGUUCAGGGUUCCAUUCUUAAGAAGGUUCUUGAGGCGCUGAAGGACCUGAUCACAGAAGCUUGUUGGGACGUUAGUUCUUCAGGAAUUUCAUUACAGAGUAUGGAUUCGUCUCACGUCUCCCUGGUACAACUCACCCUCCGCAGCGAUGGGUUCGACUCCUACCGCUGUGACCGUAACCUGGCUAUGGGUGUCAAUUUGAGCAGUAUGUCAAAGAUCCUGAAGUGUGCUGGGAAUGAAGACAUCAUUACGUUGCGGGCGGAGGAUAAUGCUGACACACUGGCCCUGGUGUUUGAGACCGUCAAUCAGGAGAAGGUGUCCGAUUACGAGAUGAAGCUGAUGGACCUGGACGUGGAGCAGCUGGGCAUCCCGGAGCAGGAGUACAGCUGCGUCGUGAAGAUGCCCUCGGGGGAGUUCGCCCGGAUCUGCAGGGACCUCUCUCAGAUUGGCGACGCCGUCAUGAUCUCCUGCGCCAAGGACGGGGUGAUGUUCUCCGCCAACGGCGAGCUGGGCACGGGGAACGUCAAGCUGUCCCAGACCAGCAACGUGGACAAGGAGGAGGAGGCGGUGACCAUUGAGAUGAACGAGCCAGUACAGCUCAUCUUUGCUCUCAACUACCUCAACUUCUUCACCAAGGCCACGCCGCUCUCCAAGACGGUCAUCCUCAGUAUGUCUGCAGAUAUCCCCCUGGUGGUGGAGUACAAGAUCGCCGAUAUGGGCCACGUCAAAUACUACCUGGCACCCAAGAUCGACGAAGAAGCCUCAUAAUCGCGGGACAGAGUGGAGAAGGAGAAUAAAAGAUGGAGUGGAGAAGGAAAUUAAAAGAUGGAGUGGUGUGGCACUUCCUUGGGGGGAGGCUGGGGGGUGUUUGACACUUGAGCGUAACUGUUUAAAAGGUUGGCUGUUAUGAAUGCCUCCUGUUCCUGGAUUCUUGUCUUUCUUUCUUUUUCUUUUUCUUAAACUCGAUUCUUGCCUUUUGCUGCCAUUUUGUUUGUUUUUGUUUUGCUCCCCGAUCCAUUUAGAUGGACAUAAAAUGGUGUCUCACCUGAGCCUGUUCAGCUGCUCUAUAUCAACAAGAGGCAGUGGUGUAGAAUGAAAUGUUUUAGUGUACCCUGCAGUCGAGGAAUUGAACGUUGCUUAACUGAUAAAAUGGCUGGCUGCCUAACAUACUUUAGUAUGGUUGGUGGGUUGAGGAGUUUAAGGUUCAGUGGAGCAUGGUUAUGACGUUAAGUCACUUGCUACAUCUGUGAAAUGGGUAGCACUUGUCCCAAAUUAACUUAUAUGCCACCAUCUUUUUUUUCUCCGCUCUCCCUCCCUCAUAUUCAGUGGGUUAAACCAUUCGCCCAGGACGUGUAGAUAUAUUAACUGUAAAUAUUUUGUCACCCGGUUUUUGUAUUCAAAUUCAAAGUAAUAAACCAUUUGAAAGUGA